CUUUUAAGACGCUACCCUUUUGGUUGACUCAGGCCUCUUUCUCUUCUAGUCGUCUCUAUACACUGUUUCUUCCUCCUGUUCAGUGUAGCUCCACUCUAUAAUCUAUAUGCACCUCCCACUCUCUCACAUCACCAUUCUUCUUCCACUCUCCUAUCAGUGUCGUCCAACCCCUUUAUGGCUAAAUGCCCCAAAACGACACCCACUCCCACCAAAACGGUGAAGCCACCGUCACCACCUCCUCCUCCUCCCAGCAUCCCGUUCUAACCCUCCAGCUCCAAGCAAUGACCUCCACCACCACCUCCACCUCCACCGACCCCCUCCCCUUCUCCUCCGACGCCGGCGCCCUCCGCGCCAUCAACAAACGCUUCGAGGGCCUCCUGACCGUCCGCACAAAGGCCAUGAAGGGCAAAGGAGCCUGGUACUGGGCCCACCUGGAGCCCAUUCUGGUUCCCCACCCCGACACCGGCCUCCCCAAAUCCGUGAAACUCAAAUGCUCCCUCUGCGACUCCCUCUUCUCCUCCUCCAACCCCUCACGAACCGCUUCCGAACACUUUAAACGUGGUACAUGCUCCAACUUCACCUCCUCUCUCAGACCCCCUUCUCCACUCCCUAUUUCCUCCAUCACCCCCGCUCCCCGCAAGCGUCCCUCCCCCGCCACCUCACCUCCUUCCUAUCAAAAUCACUCCUUGCCCAUUCUCCACUCUUCCCACUUCCAAAUCUCUCACGCCAAUACUGCACACUCGCAUAAUCACCACCACCACCACCAGCAUUUAAUGUUGUCUGGUGGGAAAGAUGACUUGUGUGCUCUUGCAAUGUUUGAGGAUAGUGUGAAGAAGCUAAAAAGUCCCAAGACUUCUCCUGGUCCUGCUUUGAGCAAGGACCAGGUGAAUUCUGCUUUGGACUUGCUCUUCGACUGGUUCUAUGAAAACUCCGUGUCUUUGUCCAUGAUCGAGCACCGAAAGUUUCAGGCCUUUUUGAGCCAGGUUGGCUUGCCCAACAAGUUGGGGAGGGAGAUUUCUGGGGAGAGGCUUGAUGCUAGGUUCGUGGAGGCCAAGGCUGAGUCCGAGGCUAGGAUAAGGGAUGCCAUGUUUUUUCAGUUGGCCAGCGACGGGUGGAAGUGUGGGGAUUGGUUUAACUUGGACUUUUGUUGCGGUGGUGAUUGUGGUGGUGUAGGCGGCGGGGAGAGUUUGGUUAAGUUUGUGGUGAAUCUCCCCAAUGGGAGUAGUGUGUUUCAGAAGGCCGUGUUUAAUGGGGGAGUGGAGAAUUCCAAGUAUGCUGAGGAGGUUAUAUGGGAGAUGGUUACGGAGGUUACCGGGAGUGUGGUCCAGAGGUGUGUGGGUAUUGUGGCGGACAAGUUUAAGGCGAAGGCGUUGAGGAACUUGGAGGUGCAGCACCAUUGGAUGGUCAACACAGCUUGCCAGCUUCAGGGGUUGACUAGCUUGAUCAAGGAUUUUAACUGUGAGCUGCCGCUUUUCAGGGUUGUGAUUGAGAAUUGUUUGAAGGUUGCUAAUUUUAUAGACAAUGAGUUGCAUUUGAGGAGUGUUUUCCUCAAGUACAGGAUGCAGGAGAUGGACUGUGGUGGGUUGAUUCGCGUGCCUUCGCCGAAAUGUGAUCCGUUGAAGAACUUUGGAGUGGCGUUUCCUACGUUGGAGGAUACGUUGAGCUGUGCUAGAGUGAUACAGAGGGUGGUGAUGGAGGAUGGGUUUAAGGUGAUGUGUAUGGAGGAUCCACUGGCGAGGGAGGUCGCGGGGAUGGUGCAAAAUGAGGGGUUUUGGAAUGAGUUGGAGGCUGUUUAUUCGCUUGUGAGGCUCGUUAAAGGGAUGGUGCAGGAUGUUGAGACAGAGAGGCCCUUAAUUGGUAGGUGUUUGUCUCUUUGGGAGGAGCUGAGGAGCAAGGUGAAAGAGUGGUGUGGGAAGUACAACAUUGUGGAAGGACAUGCGGAGAAGAUAGUUGAAAAGCGGUUUAGGAAGAAUUAUCACCCUGCUUGGGCAGCAGCGUUUAUACUUGAUCCACUUUACUUGGUUAAGGAUGCUAGUGGGAAGUAUCUUCCUCCGUAUAAGUGUUUGACGCGCGAACAGGAGAAGGAUGUAGAUAAGUUACUGACGAGGCUGGCUUCCCGGGAAGAGGCUCAUGUUGUGUUGAUGGAGCUAAUGAAGUGGAGGUCAGAGGGGCUUGAUCCGCUCUAUGCACAGGCUGUUCAGAUGAAGCAAAAGGAUCCAGUAACCGGAAAGAUGAAAGUUGCUAAUCCAUUAAGUAGUAGACUUGUUUGGGAAACAUGUUUGAGUGAAUUUAAAUCCCUGGGAAAGAUUGCUGUUAGGCUCAUUUUUCUGCAUGCAACUUCAAGUGGGUUUAAGAGUAACUCGUCUUUCACUAGGAAAGUUUCAGCUAAUAAACACUCAAGAGUUACCUUGGAGAGGGCUCAGAAAAUAAUAUAUAUUGCAGCUCAUGCCAAACUUGAAAGGAGAGACUUUUCUAAUGGAGAAGAGAAGGACGCAGAGCUGUUUGUCAUGUCCAAUAGUGAGGAUGACAUGCUUGAGGUUUAUGCUGAUGCUCCCUUAGUGUAAUGUGCUUUUUUGUCAACUCUUACGGAAUUGUGUAAUUUUAGUAUUUAUCAUAUUCUUUCCAGAAGUCUUCUAUUAUUCCCUCAUUACAUCUGGUGGAAGUUUUUUCAUGACUUUGGGGUUGGAACAGAAGGAAUAUUGGAAGGGACCAAAGAAAGCAUGUUGUUAGUUAUUGUGUUCUCUACUUUGAUCCUAAUGAAUCAUCAUCAAUCUUUUUUCCGGUAA